UUUGGUAAUACCAACACGUGUGAAACAAACUGAAACAUUUAAAUUCUUUUCUUUGUCUUUAAGUUAGUAGUAGAAAGGUGAUUUUGUUCAUUUCAAGAUUAUAAUGAAUCUGGCAAGAACAAUAUAUGAAGAUUUAAGAGAAAAUUUUAGUCAGUUUUGUAGCUGCACCACGCUAAACUGGCAGAAGGCGUGUGUCGCUACAUGUACCGCCAUUCUCCUACCAGCAUCCUUUGUCCUCCAGAUGACGGCGUUUAUAAUUGACAAUUGGGCCGUUUCAGACAAUGACGAAUUGGCUUGUAUGAACACGGAUCAACCGAAUGCAUCCAUUUGUGGUCUUGGAAUCACUGUUUGUUCCGUACAAUUCUUGCUUGUUUGUUUUGGCUUUGGACUGUGUGUCCGGUCAUGUAUUGGCGGCCGGUUUGAUCUUCAGUCAUGCAGCAUUUGCUACGUGUGUUUUAUUCCAACAAUCAACCUUGUACAAGGGAUUCUAAGUUUGGCCUUAUGCAUGAUAACUGUAAUCUUUGUAUCGGGUAACAGACAAUACGAAUACACGUAUGGCAUUUCGUUCUAUAUGUUUCUUACUAAUGGAUGUACCACCAUUGUAGUGUCACUAGCAUCAGUGUGUGGAUACUUAUGUAAGAUUAGACACGAUUAUGAACAUCAGAUCGGCAGUGAUGAGGCCGAAGGGGAGGCGACGCCUAUAUUACCGGCAGUGUGACAACGCACUAGGCCAUAUACGGCAGUAUACCAUACAUAAGGCUUACUGCCGCACUGAUGUCGAUAUUUGGAAAGUAUUUGCAGUGUGUUUUAACUUACUUUUUAUACAACUAGAUAUGCUGAGGGAAUCAAAAGCUUACCAACACAAUUCUGACAUAUAGAGAAUAUUAGGUUACUGUCUUAUACAUUUAAAAUUAAGUGAGUCGGAGAAAAUAUAAAAGUCGAGGCUCUGCCGAGACUUUUAUUUUUUUGUAGACGAACUUAAUAAAUUUAAAUUUGAAUUUAUAAGACAGUAACCUAAUGUUCUAUUUAUCCUACCUUCUGAUCUAAAAUCAUUCUUUAAUUAAAAUUCAAAAUUUACCACCAACUAGAUCUGAGUCUGUCUUGCACAUAAAUUAAUACGCCCCACCAUUACACAAACAGGACUUUAAAAUAAAAUAAUUAUAAAAUAAGAGCCGAAAAACAAAGGCUAACCUUGCCCUGCUUUGUGUCUGACUUCUCUGUACUGCUGAACAUUAAAGAAUAAUUUUAAUUUGCUGCCAAGUGAAGUUUUGUCCGAAGUUCAGUUGAAUGUCGGAUUGCCCAUCCUCACCAAGCAAACGACUGACGAGACUUAUAUACACGCCAUAUCGCCGCUUGACAAAACAAAUAGGCAAACAGUUUCCUUGGUGAUUUCAUUCAAUAACACUCCAUUACAGAUGCAAUAUAUUCCUAGAUUGAAGUGUCGAAAGCUAAAAAUCUGAACAAACGCUAUACAUGAGUCACUUUCCGUUUCUCCGAGCGUUUCCGUUAUAAAAAGUACGGUAUGUAUACACUAUACAUUUGUGACAGGGUCUCACGUACCUAAUUAAAGCGCGUUUAUGAAAAUAAUUGCAUAAAUAUGUCUUUUUAGCAGUUAUUCUCGAAAACAAGAUGGCGUCGUUUAAAAAAAAAUCCAAAAAGUAGUCCGCCAAGCUUUAUUUAGUCACUUACCAGAUAAAGCAAAAUUUAUCUGACCCCUUGAUUUUUGCCUUUAUUUUGCAUGAAGGUAGGAUAAAUGAACCUGUCCGGCCUUUUGGAAUUAUCGGUGUCACUGAGUAUAAUUCUCAGUAUGUAAAUCAGGAAAUCCUAUUAUAGUAAAAGAUCAUGUUCUGCUACGGUUUAAGGAAAGGGCAUAUAAGAGAAAUAGUUUGCCAAAACCUCUGAAUCAAUACUACCCUGUUGAUUUUUUGAAGGCCAGCUAGAAUAAAACAGUUCACAAUAUAGAAACUGUUACUUUUGUGCGCUAUGAAAAAAAAGAUACGAGAACCUCCUCGUGUUAGCGUAAUGUAAAUAUAUACAGGAAUAUCAAUCCUAAAACACACGUAUGUGAAUUUGAUGAGAUUAAUCAAUGGAGUAACCUCAAACUGGGGAAGGGCCAAUGUGAGGCCCAUCCACAUCCUCCGUCCGCCUUAAAAUCAUGGCAUUAAAUUUGACGAUAUAAACAUAUUGCGUAAGAUUUACUUUAAUGACAUUCAUAUUUACUUGUGUGAAGACUGUCCUAAUUCUUAUAAAUUUUCCCUGUCAUUUCAUUAAAUUUGCUGUAACAUGGAAUUUAUUUGCUAUUUGAAUAAUUUAAAUUUGUAUUGAAUCCAGAAAAUUAUGCAGUGUGGAUGUCAUAGCAAACUUAAACUGAAUAAUUUGAUUGAACGUCUAUUUCUAUACAAUGACAUAUUCAAUGGCAUAAUACAUAAUAAUACUUAUAUAAUAAUAAUGAUAAUAAUGUUUAUAUUAGAAAUGAUAAUAAUAACAAUGAAAAUGAUGAUGAUGAUGGUAAUAACUUCGUUUAAACAAACAAGCAUGACCACAUCCUGGACCAAGAUGCCACUUUACCCCUAUUGUCGAAUAGCAAUGCAUACAGCCUUACAUGGUACGACCAAACAGGCUGCACAUUGAGGUUCAAAACUCUUGGAUAAUGGUGACAUCACUUAUUAUUUAAAAUCAAAGAAAUACUACACAAUAGCCUACCCACAGAGCCUGUACCAGCAAUGGUGACAUCACUUAUUAUUUAAAAUAAAAGAAAUACUACACAAUAUCCUACCCACAGAGCCUGUACCAGCAAGUAAACUAAACUUUAACAAACCUUGAAUAUAUCAAUGUUGAAAUGUUGUUAUCGCAUAUAAAACAAUUAUCAAAAAUUCUGGAGUGUCUGAAAUACAGUGUCUUAAGAUUGUUUUAAUAUAUCAAGUAAUUUGCUUAUGCAUAGUUCUAACGGCAGUUCAUUCCACAGGUUUGGACCUAUAGUACAGAAACUAUCAUUAAAUGUUUGGCAAUUGCAGUAUGGAACAACAUAAUGACAUUUAGAAUUUUCUAACGAUCCCAAACCAUAGGUGCUCUGCCAAAGUGACAGCUAUACAUGAAAAAAAGUAAUAUUAACUCCUUGCUUUCACCUAUGUAAGUCAUACAAUGCUUGUUUGGAACUAUCAAAUAUUUUCCUGUUAAGGACAAGUUUUGUACAGAUGCUUGUAAAGGUAAAAGUAGAAACAAGUGAAUAGGGAAGAAACGGGGCAUUUGAUCAAUAUCAAGAAUGAAUAGAAGGUAGUCUGAAGGCCUACGGAAAUAAUGUGAUACAAUGCACCAAGCUAAAGCCUACGCUUACAUCCAUUUGCUUGCAACAGAACUAGUCCAAGCGUUUUUAUAUUUCAAAGAUAUGGUGGCGUGGCAAACAAGAAGCCAAAGGACUUUUGUAUAAUUUUUACUAUUUACUUCUUGCCACUUCCUCCCCCUUUAUAUAUGUUUGGCAUAAAUUCAUAUAUACUUGUUAGAUUUUUUUAAGCAACCCGUCUGUAAUAUUUUUCCAUUACGGCUUCUUUUUGUUGUCGGCCUACUUUGCUAACUGACUGAUUCUGGCCCCAACUUCCCAACCCCUAGUACAUAUCUAUACCUGGAUAAUAGACAGUAAAGUGGGGAACUGACUGGCUGACUUCUUUCCUAUAGUACGCAUGUUUUUCGAACGAAUAUUUCAAAAGUGAAUCAGAAAGAAAACAAAUAAAGAACGAAUGCUACUGCUCAUUACACAUUAUGCAUUACUUAUCCAACGAAUGUUCGAACACAUGCCGUGAUUUUUAGACAAAUUGAUCAGUGUUUAACAAUUACUUCCUCAUUGAAAUGUUUACACAUGGAGAUUAAAUUAGAAAAAAGUGGAAACUUCACAGGUCACCCAACACGACAAAAACGAAAAUGUUGCAGGCUCGGUUUGAUUGAACCUAUUCAUGGACGGUAGUGGAAAUGCACGCUACCGUCCACGCCCUCUAACCCCGGGUUGACCAGAACUCAACAUUUACACAUGCUAAAAGUACAAAAAGCAAUUUAGAGACAUCUGCAGAUGUAUUCACAUCCGCAGAUGUAUUCAAACGGCGGUGAACCUGGAACCUUCAAUGAUACACGUG